AUACAGCUCAGAGAAGACACCCUGGAACACAAGAACUUGGGAAGCUGGAGGACACAAGAUCUUUUCAAACGACUUAGGUGUGCAGGCAAAAUGAAGCUGACUGUGGUACAGAUCUUCCUCAUGGUGUUGCUGCUGCUUCUGGGUCUGGGCGUGGGUCUGGGCUUGGGUCUCCACAUGGCCGCAGCCAUCUUGGAGGAGAGUGAUCAGUCACUGAGUGAGUUUUGGUCCAGUGAUUCCCAGGGUAAGACUGAGGCCAAGGAGGAAAGAAAGGGCUCCCAAACCAAUAAGAUUCUGGUGCUUAGCCAGAAAGAGAGGCUUCUACCUCGCUGGCAGGAAAAGAUCCACCUAAGUGAAGAUGAGGUUGGAGGAAACAAGAUACUCAGAGCUGAGGCUGUCUCUCACAGCAGCCGAGACUAUCUUCGGAUGGACUUGAUGGCCAGGGAGUGCAAUGCCAUGAUGGCGCACAAGAAAAGGGAUCACAACCACACCUGCAUCGACCAGUACACGUUCAUCCACGAGGAUCUAGACACAGUCAAAGCUGUCUGUAAGAGUCCUGUGGUUGCCUGCGAGCUUAAGAAAGCCAAGUGUCACAAAAGCUCCCGCCCUUUUGAUUUGACUUUCUGUAAAUUGUCCAAACCAGGCCAACUCACCCCUCACUGCAAUUACCUAACUUUCAUUCUAGAAAAGUACAUUAUCCUCUCUUGUAAUGACAUGAAGGUCCAGGUAGCAUCUGGUCAAUGAAACAAUUUUUUUUUUUUUGCCUCCAAGAUUAUCGGCUGAGGCUCGGUGCUCCUGGAGGUCAUUUUUUCCCAUUUUUGUUGCCCUUGUUAUAAAUGUUAUUGCUGUUGGAUAGGACAAAGAAAUCGAGAGAGGAGGGGAAGACAGGGGGAGAGAAACACACCUGCAGACCUGCUUCACUGCUUAUAAAGCGACUCCCUGCAGGUGGGGAGCCGAAAGCUUGAACCAGGAUCCUUACGCCAGUCCCUCGGUACUUGGCGCCAAGUGUGUUUAACCUGCUGCUCUACCACCCGGCCCCAUACAAGAAAUAAUUUAUUCUCUUCUUUCUUGUUACCUUCUAUUCCUCUCUUCCCACAACCUCUUUUCCAUAUAACUCUCCUCUUAAUGGCUCUGCAAAAGAUGUCAAGGAAAGAGAAGAUACUCUACUUUUCACCACCCCCUCCAACAUGUGUGUAUGUGUGUGUGUUUUUCCCUUGGACUCAAUCAACUUGUAUUUUGUUCUGGGAUUAGAAGUGGCAGGGGAGAUCAGGGUAAGGAUGUCUAAUCUCUUUAGGUUCCCUGUUUACAAACCCUAUCUCUUGCCCUGGAAAGAGACUCCUCUGUGGUGCUGUUGUCAGUCUGCUCCCUUUUUCACCGGGGUCCUGACUACAAAGGGCUUAGUGUCCCCUUUACCCAUGUCUUUCCCUACUAUCUACCCAGAGCCUCCGUGACAAUCAUAUGUGCCUCCUGGCAUUCCAUACAGCAUUUCUCAUUAGUGAGCACAAAUUAAAGUGAUUCUGUGCCUAUGUCUGGAGAACCAUGUGGAUCAGCUUUCUUUCCGUGAGCCUGUACAGACACAGGUCCUGGAGUUAGUGCUCUCCUGGAUGGGGUGUAGCAUACAGAGGAUGGACACACAGGCAUGAGGUCCUGAGAUUGAUCCCAGACAUCAUAUAUACCAGAAUGACGCUCCAAUUCUCUCCUCAGCAUCUCUCUGAUAGAUUACCAGGUGGUGAUAUGUGGUUAAGUGCACGUAUCACCAUGCACAAGGCCCCAGGUUCAGCACCCCCCGUCUCCACCUCCAUAACCGCAGAGAGGAGGUUUCACAAGCAGGGAAGCAGGCCUGCAGGCGUCUGUCUUUCUCUCUCCCUCCUCUCUCAAAUUCUCUCUGCCCUAUCUAACAAAAAUUAGAAAGAAAAAAAAAAGCAAAUGAAAACAAAACAAACAAAUACCCAACAGGAAAAACUGGCUGCCGGGAGCAGUGUAGUUGUCAACAAACAAGCCCCCAGCCACAACCCUGGUGGUGAAAAUAAUUGCUGAAUAAAUCAAUCAAUCCAGUUUAAGGAACUGCUGGCCAAGUUCUGUUGAAGGAAGACCAGAGCAGAACAUACUGUGGAGGCCGGUGGCGGCACACUCAAUAGAAUACACACAUUAUCAACAAGGACCUGAGUUACUCAAGAGCAGUGGAGAAGUCCCAGUCAGCCACUCUUUCUCUCUCCCUCUCUCCUCCCCUCUCUGUUAUCUCUGUCUCUCUCACAAAAAGAAAGAAAAAGAAUUUUUUUAAAAAAAUCAUAAAAGUGGGGCCAGAUGGUGGUGCACCUGGUUGAGUGCAUGUUACAAUGUUCAAGGAUGUCGGUUCCAGCCCCUGGUUCCCACCUGCAGGGGGAAAGCUUCACAAGUUGUGAAGCAGGGCUGCAGGUGUGUGUGUGUGUGUGUCUCUCUCUCUCCCUCUC